AUGUCGUCGUCUCAGCAAUCCUCCGGUCACACGUGGACUGAGGGUGAUUUUGAACACCCUAAUGAGAAAAUUCGCCACUCUUUGAUCGUGGCUCUUGUCUUUGCGUUUACUUUGCCUACGGUCGCUGUUGGUUUGCGUCUUCUGGCCAGAAGGAUUACUGGUAGUAGACUGUUUUUGGACGAUUAUUUGAUUCUGGUUGCUUUGCUAUUCAAAUAUGGAUGCUCGACUGGCGUGGUCAUUUUACUUUACAAUGGCCUGGGCUCCCAUAUUGAGACAGUUCCAAAAGAGAAUGUCGAGCGUUUCUUUAAGAUUGGCUGGGCGAACCCAUUCGUCUACACUGCCAACGUGAUGUUCAUUAAACUGUCAAUCCUGGCUUUGUAUCGACGCCUAUUUUCAAUCAAGUAUAUGCUCUUCGGCGUCUACUUCAUGGGAAUGGUGGUUAUCCUCUGGGCUGUGAGCAUCUGGGUCGCCGCCAUUCUCAACUGUAUCCCAGUGGCCAAAUUCUGGGACCGAUCAAUUGAAGGAGCCUGCAUCGACCCGGACAAGUUUUACUACGGCACUCAGAUUCCUAAUAUCAUCUCCGACGUGAUUAUUCUGCUCAUGCCUCAGGGAGUUGUUUGGUCUCUCCCGGUCGCCAAGUCACAGAAGUUUCUCCUAUCUUGCGUUUUCAUGGUUGGCGGACUGGCUCUGAUCUUUGAUAUUGUUCGUCUGGUGGCUAUGCUUCACCUUACCCAGCAGGGAGACGAUAUUACCUACUACCAAAUGCCCGUCGUCAUGUGGACUUGCACGGAGGCCGGUGUAGGUAUCAUUGCGGCAUGCCUGCCAAAUCUCCGACCACUGUUCAAGACUGGAGGCCGCGGCUUCUGGUCGCAGCUCCGAUCUCUCAGCCAUGGAUCUUCAAAGGCCCAUUUGAACAGCGACAGCACCGGUACUACGAGCUCGAGUGGACACAGGAGUCUGCGAAAGGGACCUGUUGAUUCAUGCGUCGCUGAAGAGGGGAUCGAGAUUCAUCGUUAUAGCACUAUUAUCGGUGAAUCUGAAAAGUAA